AUGGAUAGAGUUAAUGUGGGUAUGCAUGUCGAUAUUCGACGAUCCGAUGGUCGCGUUCAUACGGCAAUUAUUAGUGAAGUUCGUAAAGAAUCGCAGAGUGUCACGGUUGAAUGGUUUGAAAAUGUUCGCUUUUAUGAAUUUUUUGCGAUAAUUGAAAGUAAUAAAUGUUUUGGCCUAGAGGGUGAAACAAAAGGUAAGGAAAUCGAUUUAAAGGCUUUGCUAGCUAUAAAUCCAGUUUUAGCAAUUCCUGUGGCUGAAGCAUUCGCUGAGGGAAGUCGUAAUGGUUUGUCGAAUCAUUCUCGGCAACAAAUCAGUACGGCUUUUGGAAAUCGAAGGUCAAUGAUUGUUGGACAAGUUUCGCAGAGUUGUGAAACUGAUCUUGCGAAGGCAUUAUUAGAUCAACCUAAUGAUACUGCACGUGUCAGUAUGCAUUUUUCGAAAAAUGUGACUCAGAAACAACGAAUAAAUUUGGAUACCACUUCUUUAAAAGGUUUUAAGGGUGCGGAUCUUGAAUCUUUAGAUGCCAUCUCUCUAAAGGGAACACAGCAGCAACAUCAACAGCACCAACAACAGCAGAGCAAGUCGUCUACCGUGCAAGAAAUCGAGCGACUUCAAAGGAAUCGAGAAGAAAGGCGUGCACAAUUGGCAAUGCAGUUCAUACCAUUAAGUAUGGCAUGUCUUCCGCCAUAUGCAACAUUUAAUAUUUGUUGUGAAUUUAAUCUUCUUUUAUUUUUAUUUUUUAAGAAGGAGGUAAAGAAGCAAAAGGAGCAACAGAAAAAUAUUGAUCCAGGUAAUCCAAACUGGCAAUUUUUAUCAAUGAUUCGCGAUUAUCAGUCACAAAUCGAUUUUCGCCCUCUUAAAAUGACAGACCAGGUAACCGAUAAUCGAAUUUGUGUUUGCGUACGGAAACGACCACUUAAUCGAAAAGAAAUAAUGAAAAAAGAAAUUGAGGUUAUAACAAUACCCAAUCGUGAUCAUUUAAUAGUUCAUCAGCCUCAAGUAAAAGUGGAUUUAACGAAAUAUUUGGAUAACCAAAAAUUCCGAUUUGAUUAUACUUUCGAUGAUAAUGUCACUAAUGAGAUGGUUUAUAAAUUCACUGCUCAGCCAUUGGUUAAAACAAUUUUUGAACAAGGUUUUGCAACAUGUUUCGCAUACGGACAAACCGGUUCAGGGAAAACACACACAAUGGGUGGUGAUUUCUCUGGAAAAGCACAAGAUUGUUCGAAAGGCGUUUAUGCGCUUACAGCAGCCGAUGUUUUUAAAAUGUUGCAUAAAGAAUAUAAAAGGCAGAAUCUUCAUGUUUAUUGUAGUUUCUUCGAAAUUUAUGGCGGGAAGGUCUUUGAUCUGAUAGGAAAUAAAGCAAUGUUACGAGUAUUAGAGGAUGGCAAAAAGGAAGUCCAGAUAAUCGGCCUGCAAGAAAUCUUAGUUAAAGAUGAAAAAGAUGUCCUCGACUUAAUCAAAAAAGGGAACGAAGUUCGAACUGCAGGUACCACAUCAGCCAAUGCUAAUUCAUCUCGAUCUCAUGCGGUCUUUCAAAUAAUCCUUCGUAAGAAGUCAGAAAAACAUGGGCUAGGUCGUAUGUGGGGCAAAUUUUCUCUAAUCGAUUUGGCUGGUAAUGAACGUGGUGUGGACACGAUCUCGUCAGAUCGACAAACGAGAAUGGAAGGUGCUGAAAUUAAUAAAUCUCUUCUAGCUCUCAAAGAAUGCAUAAGAGCCAUGGGGCGUAAUUCCGUUCAUGUUCCUUUUCGUGCUUCAAAAUUAACUCUCGUGCUACGUGAUAGUUUUAUUGGUUCUAACGCAAAGACUUGCAUGAUUGCUAUGAUUAGUCCUGGGAUGAGUUCUUGCGAACAUACACUCAAUACUUUACGCUACGCUGAUAGAGUAAAAGAACUUGGUGCUGACGAAGGUUCAAAUAUUCCAAUGGAAGACGAUGAAUUAAUGUUGGCCAAUGAUGACGAUGAUUUUGAUUUAAUUCAAUCAACAAAUAUGGGUAUGAGCGAGGAGGCGUAUAAAAUGCAGAGGACGUUGCAGAGCGUGGCAAGGUCAGAAGAGCGAUCAUUAGAUGAGCUGACAUCAAUUUUCGAGGAAAGUGAUAAAGUAAAAUCGGAUAUAAUGUUGUUAUUGAAUCGUGCCAGCAAAGUUGAAUAUGACAUGGAAGGAUUUGUAAUUGAUCUUGAUAAAUUUGUUACUCAACAAAUAGAAAAAUAUAUGCGGUUACGAGGUUAA